AUGCGAACUCUACUUUUAUUCAUCGCCUUGAUCAAUGCGGUCACUUCUAUUAAUAUUCUCAUAUAUCUAAUUGGAACAAAUCAGUUCGAGCGGAAUAGUCUUGAGUUUCUUGCGCAACAGUUGGCUCUUAGGCAUCACAAUGUGAUAACAAUUAAGCCAAUUUUGAUCCCAGAGGAGCCACGAUUGGUGAAGCCAAAGUUGCAUUUGGUUAGGGAAAAGGUUAUCAAAAAUGUUCUUUCGAAGGAAAUUUACCAGUCAUUAGAGGUUGCGAUUCCUAAUGUGGCUUGGAAGAAGAAUUAUGACGCCGAUUCCUAUUUGAACGCUUAUUAUAAAUCACAUAAUGCAAGUUGUUAUAAGCUGCUGAACUCCAAUCUUAUCGAUUCUUUGAAAAAAGAGUCAAUUGAUCUAUCAAUUGUGUAUUCCGGAAACCCCUGUCUUCUUGCUAUUAAUCAUCUCGUUGCUAUUCCAACAAUCUAUUAUGACACCGAAGGAUUUACCGAUGAAACCGUCAUUGCUUCAGCAACACCAAUCAAUUUACGAAUUCCGCCAACAAGUUGUGCAAUUCCUGAGACUUCAGAUUGUCAAUUGUGUAGCAUGUAUCGUUCGGCAUUUUGUUACACCCAGGAGAUGAUUGCUCAGAUGGGACUCCCGGUUAUUUCUUCAUUGGUUUCUAGAAGAUAUGCUAAAAUUGACGAGCCAAUUACUUCAAUGUUUGCUAAUGAUUAUACUAUCAAGAAAACUAAAAAGCAUUUUCCAAAUGUGAACAUCUUGAAACAUCAAAGUGUUGCAUUCUUUGUGAAUUCUGAUCCGCUUCUUGAACCUCCACGCGCCAUCCCUCCAAAUGUUAUUCAUGUCGGCGGAAUGCACAUCGACCAUCCGAAACCACUUUUCUCACCAUGGAACACAACUAUCGAACGCGCCGAGAAAGGAAUGAUUAUUGUGACAUUUGGAACACAGGCAGAUAGUAGCAAAAUGAGUUCAUCACAAGCCAAGGCAGUCCUCGGAGCUCUUUCUAAGCUCACUGACUAUCGAAUUUAUUGGAGAGUUGGACCAAACAUGAAAGUCGAUGGAAUCGAUGAAGAAAAAGUUCCGUCUCAUAUCAAUUUGACAACUUAUAUUCCACAAAAUGAUCUUCUUGCCCACAAAGCAUGCAAGCUUCUCGUAACAAAUGGUGGAAUGUCAUCUAUCAUGGAAGCAGUAGCACACGGAGUUCCAAUUGUAGGAGUCCCACUAUACGGAAGUAAUAGAGCAAAUCUGGCAAAGGUUGCAGCAAAGAGUCUUGGAGUAAUUGUUGAGAAGUAUCAACUGUCUGAAUCUUCGCUUCUUGCUGCAAUGAAGAAAGUUCUGGAUACAGUGAAAUACAAAACUACUGCAAAGGAAAUGUCAAAGGAGUUCAAAUCCCGAGCCACAGGUCCUUUUGCCGCUGCUCUUCACACAAUUGAUCACAUUGGACGGCAUCUUUCGUUCGCGUUUUUCCAACCACCCUACAUUCCAAUUUGGCAACGAACUGAUUUUAUUGCGUGCAUAAUUUUCCUUAUUCUCCCAAUCUUAAUUAUUUUCAAAUCGUUCACUUUCUGGUCAUCUGUCCUCUUUUCACGUAAGACCGCUUCGGAUAGAAGUGAAAAAGGUGAUAAGAAACACGAAUCAAAGAAAAACAGGUAA